AGCAACGCAAACGUAAUUGUUUUAAGUCAGUGGGAAAUUCACAAGCUGUUGUUUAGUUUGAUUUCAACAAUGUUCAUCAACAGACUAGCAUUUUGUGCGCCUCUGAUAUUGGUUUUGAUCAGCUCAGCUAAGGCUCGCCAUCCGUUUGAUAUUUUUCACUGGAACCCGAACGAUUUUGAGGAAUGUCUGCAUCUUAAUAACAUUACUAUUGGGGAAUACGAGAAAUAUGCGCGGUUCGAGACUCUGGAAUAUCUGCUCAACGAGAAUGUAGAUUGGAAGUACAAGUGCAAUAUCAAGUGCCAGCUCGAGAGAGAUUCGAAGAAAUGGUUAAAUGAUCAAGGUAGAAUGGAUCUGGACCUAAUGAAUGCCACCAGUGAAGCUGCAAAAUCCAUUACCCAGUGCAUGGAACAGGCUUCCGAAGAACCUUGUGCAUACAGCUUUAAACUUGUUAUUUGUGGCUUCAAAGCUGGUCAUCCCACUAUUGAUUCUGAGUAAUAGCUAUUAGUUUAUAGAUGUGGUAGUUCCCGAUAAAAAUAAAACUAAUGCCUGAUA